CUAACGGACGUGAACAUCAAUAAUGGCAGCGUUUUUUGGUUAUGCUUUUAUCGAUGCUCCAUGGACGAGGCAGAACAUGACAGAGGUGGCGAAAAAGAAUAUGACGGUGACGAUGCGGACCAUAGUGAUGACGACGACGGAACACGCACACCAGAGCGCAGGCAUGUGGAGGCCAGCUCUGCGGUCGACAGCUUUGAUGCUGCUUCGCCAACUGCAUCCUCCUGUCCUGCCCCAAUUAACGGUGACAUUGGGCUCUUCUCGCCAAAGCGUGAGCCUGAGGAAAUCAUCUGUGCGGUCGACUGCUCGGACGGCUUUUUUCCAACCCAUAUUGACUCGAGUGAGGGUGAUGUCGGGCCCUACUCUUCCAAGUGCGAGAUGGAUGAGCUGGGCUAUAGAGCCGAGGGCUCUUACGUCUCUUCACUGGUCGGACCUUCUGGUACCGCCACGAUGACUGGACCGAAUUUAUCCGGGUUCCUGAACUGUUGGUGGGACCCAUCUGCGGCUAACAGUAACAUGCCUCCAACAGGACCGUUUCCAGGUAACGCCACUGGACUGGAUUCACCAGGCUCUCUGCGUUGCUGGUGGGAUCCAUCCGUGAUCAAUAAGUUGAAAAACACCAAAAUCGCUUCCAAGCCUGUGCCGGUCUUCUGUUGCGAGAUGUGCGGCGAUUGCUUCUCAUCGGUAGAGCACCUAAACAGGCACAGGCUGUCAACACACGCAGAGAAGCCCCAAGGCAAACAUCAGUGCGCCCUUUGCCCCUACUCUAGUAAUAGUAGGUAUGAUGUGGACGCGCACGAGCGGACUCACAAUGGCGUGAAGCCAUUUGUGUGCCACCUGUGCCAGAAAGGGUUCGUGCAGCGUUCCCAGCUGCACGUGCACCUGAAGAGCCAUGCCGGCGAGAGGCCGCACGAGUGCCUGGAGUGCGGCAAACGUUUCGUGCUCUUCUCGCACCUCAACUACCACCGGAACAAUGUGCACGGCAAGGCCGAGAAAUCCCACGUGUGCCCGCAGUGCGGCAGAGGCUUCGUCCGGCGCGCUGUGCUCGGCCGGCACAUGCUGUCGCACGAGACUGAGAAGCCGCACGUUUGUUCGGUGUGCGGCAGGACGUUCUCGCGGCUCGACAACGCCAAGACCCACCUUCGGCGGAAGCACCCGGAGUCUGACGGAGACAUUUACACCACGCCCACGGCGAACUUGUCAGAGGACGCGGAAAGCUACGGCACUAACUUAAACGAAGGCGGACCUUCCGAGUUGUAUGAAAGUGCGACCUCGGGAAUGCGUGGUGGCGCUGCUGUUGAUAGUGGCUUAGAAGCGGCGGGCACGAGCGGCUUAAGUACUCUAAGCAGACCUUAGCCUAUUCGCUCAAAAAAUGGUGUUGUAACGGCAGAGACCGUGCGCAGAACAAAAAAGGCACAUGUGGAACGCAAAGCUUGGAACAAAUUUUUUAAUUUGCUUGCCGUCGAUUCUCAUUCAAGGUGGUGGAAAGAAGAGUGGAUGUUCACUGCGUCUGUUUAAGCAUGCUGGUCGAAGUCCUUUCUUGUUUACCGAUGUGCGCUUGAACUUUUAAGCGCCAGCCUAUGUUCAUUGCUCGAGAGGCAGGAGUAGGUAUUAGAUAGCAAUUAAACGGUGCAGAGACCUGACACGGCCCAGGGGCCGCAGGUUUCGGAGGUUUAUGGCACCUCUUGGAUGCAAAGUGUUCGCGUCUUUUUUUACCGUAUGAGGCACGUUGUUGCAGUUGGCUGCUUUAGUACUGUGGGCAAACGCUUGGCAUGUCCCCCACGGAAGUGCCUUGUAAGGGUGUACGGAACCUUGUAUGCAGGAAGAGCAGACCAUACGAGGAGUCUUCAGUACUUCUCUGUCCACCGCUUUGGUUGAUGAUCAUCGGCGGUAAACUGAAAAACCUUAUCAAUCUGGCCUUUCGAAGAAAUUCAGGCAGACAGAGUUCGUCGCAGUUGCGUUAACCCCCUUAGUUAAUUUCCUCACUUUGCAUAGUAGAGCUGGAAGUAUCGACCUACGCAAAAACGAAAAAAAAGGGAAGCCCCAAAUAUAUUGUUUCCGUAUGGGACCUCAGGAGUGACUGGUCCCAAACUGUCGGCAGCACCGUCGCACAAUCGCGACGUCGCUCUUAUGUCCUCACACACGGCUUCCGACAACAGUCGGUGCGCACAGCCCGACCUUAGGGGCCAUAUGGCUCAGAGAGCCGGUGAUGCUAUUCCUGUCCACAUUGUCAUCGCGUUUCAUCAUUCUUUUUUUUCCCGUUCCUCCUACUCUCGUGCAGUGUGGAGUUUUAUACAAUUACUAGAGGGAACUGUAGCCCUAGUGUCUGCGGGAACUACAAGCAGGACAGUUCAGCCGGCAUGGGAAUGAUGUGUAGUAUAGUGUAGACUGCUUAUGACAUAAGUCGCCGGAGUCGCGAAUAUUUGCACUAUAAGCGGUGCCGCACUAUAACCAAAACAACGAUUUUCAAGCCCAGCACGUAUGCAAAACAUGUAGACCAAGCAUGUAGACACGCUUUGUACUAUCGCGUGCACAUCGCAAUUACGUUUUCGCUAGUGAGCUGGCGAAAACAUCAUCGCGAUGUAGCCGGUGCCCUUCAAGUUCGACAGCUUUGCAUCGACUCAAAACAAAACAACUGUUUGCCGCAAAAAAAACGUGACCGCUAUCGACGUGAUUAUGAACGGCGACUUCGCGGUGCUGAAGGCACGUGCCCGACGCACGCACCGAGUCUGGACGAGUUAACUACCUUUCGCUGCAACAACUGCAGUCGAAACCGCGGUUGCUAUCUAUGCGAUCAUCGAUGGCGACUACGCAGUUUUUUAGGCACGCGGCCGACGUGCGUACCGAAUAAAAACGAAACUACUGUUCGCCACAACCGCUACGGAGAAAACAGCGGCCGCUAUCGACGCGAUUGUGGAUGACGACUACGCAGUUAUGAAAGCCCGCAGCCAACGCGGUGCGCGGCGGUAAACGCAAGUAUACAGGCUUUAAAGACACAAAAAGGCUCGAAGUGUUCUGGCGUUGCUGUCAUUCACGUACGAUUUCAACUGAUGGCUGUGGCAAUGCGGACUUCGCCAUUUCGUUUCGGUUGGACGCUAGUGCCGUUCUUGCACUUUUGCGGCGCACAUUUGCGGCGUUCCUCGCUCGGAGCUCGGAGUAGUCCGAAUUAACUGAUGUGCGGCCAAAUAAGUCCGAAUUAACGAGAGUUUGAUUGCAUUCAAUAAUGCAUACGCCGGCCAGGAGCACGCACCUUGUUGAGAAGCGUGCUCGCAGCCGCCCUUGUCGGCGAGAUUCUCCCGCGGAAGCCGCAUUAUAACCAGUAUUUCGUCUCACGCGGCUGCACUGUAAGCGGUAUGUGUAUACAUGGAGUUCUAUGGGAGGGUAAACGGGAGUCGGAAAAGGCCGUGUUGUAGCCAGUUCUGCACUAUAAACGGUUACGUUAUAAGUGGUCUAUAGUGUACAUGGAUUUGCCUAAACUUCGCUCUUCUCGCUUUAAAUGGCGUGACUUUGCAAAGUGAUCAUUUUUAGGAAAAUACUGCAUUACAAAUAAUAAAUAAAUGUUAAUAAAAUUGUGCGACGGCAGGAUUCGAACACAGGACCUCUAGCACAGAGGCCCAAUAUUGAAACCAUUACGCCACGGAUGCAUCGACAAGCGGAAACACUGAAAUUAGCAACGAUAAUGCGUUCUUGCGGAGUCUUAUUACCUUCUGCAUUAAAAAAGGAACGUGUAAAUUGCUUUGAAAUUUAGUCCAAUUUAGGCCCAGAUAAAGCAUAAUAAACAGAGCCACAAGAACAUCUGAAGCCCCAAGCACGAAGAUCAGACAAUCCAUGUACUACCUAUCAUUCCCACUGAUAGCUGAACGAUUGCAGUGCCAGAGUUCCCUAUAGUAAUUGUAGGAAACUGUUGUGCAGAGCACAACAUAGUAUAUAAAAGUGUUAUAUACACCACUUGGGGUUUAACAGUAACCCUCAUUAUCUUGCUUGCGUUUUCUUUCUUGAAAACACUGCGCUCGUUACUUUCCUGUAAAAAAUUAUGUCGCGCUCGUAAGGCGCAUGUUGUUCGCGACCUGCAAGUGCCAGGUGCGCAGCGUUAAAGAAAGGAAAUGCGCGCAAGAUAGACGAUGACUGGGGAAAAUGCAAGCUCCAAAUGGUGCAAAUGUUUUUAUAUUGUGUAGCAGGGCAUUGCACACUAGCUCUGCCUUUCAUGUAAUAAAUUCGUUCCUGCGUCCUUGUACACUGUCGAAAUCGGCUGU